CAGUCGGCAGUGGGCACAGCAGGGAGGCGAGCGCUGGAGGCGGCGGGAGGCUGGAGCUCGCUGCCCAUCCUGGUGCUGACCUCCAAGGAGCGGGUGAGCCGCAGGGCCGCGGGGCCAAGGAUGGGUGCCGGGGCCAGUGCUGAGGAGAAGCACUCCCGUGAGCUAGAGAAGAAACUCAAGGAGGAUGCCGAGAAGGAUGCCAGGACCGUCAAGCUGCUGCUGCUGGGAGCAGGAGAGUCAGGAAAGAGCACCAUCGUCAAGCAGAUGAAGAUCAUCCACCAGGACGGUUACUCGCUGGAGGAAUGCCUGGAGUUCAUCGCCAUCAUCUACAGCAACACACUCCAGUCCAUGCUGGCCAUUGUGCGGGCCAUGACCACUCUCAACAUCCAGUAUGGGGAUUCAGCUCGCCAGGAUGAUGCCCGCAAGCUGCUGCAUCUCUCCGACACCAUUGAGGAGGGCACCAUGCCCAAGGAGAUGUCAGACAUCAUUGGGCGGCUCUGGAAGGACACGGGCAUUCAGGCCUGCUUCGACCGUGCCUCCGAGUACCAGCUCAAUGACUCGGCCGGCUACUACCUGUCAGACCUGGAGCGCCUGGUGACACCUGGCUAUGUCCCCACGGAGCAGGACGUGCUGCGCUCACGUGUCAAGACCACUGGCAUAAUCGAGACCCAGUUCUCCUUCAAAGACCUCAACUUCAGGAUGUUCGAUGUGGGCGGCCAGCGCUCAGAGCGGAAGAAGUGGAUCCACUGCUUUGAAGGGGUGACCUGCAUCAUCUUCAUUGCAGCCCUCAGCGCCUAUGACAUGGUCCUGGUGGAGGAUGACGAAGUGAACCGCAUGCAUGAGAGCCUGCACCUCUUCAACAGCAUCUGCAACCACCGUUACUUUGCCACCACCUCCAUUGUUCUCUUCCUCAACAAGAAGGAUGUCUUCCUGGAGAAGAUCAAGAAGGCCCAUCUCAGCAUCUGCUUCCCUGACUACGAUGGUCCCAACACCUAUGAUGAUGCGGGCAACUACAUCAAGCUGCAGUUCCUGGAGCUGAACAUGCGGCGGGACGUGAAGGAAAUCUACUCCCACAUGACCUGCGCCACUGAUACCGAGAACGUCAAGUUCGUCUUUGACGCCGUCACUGACAUCAUCAUCAAGGAGAACCUCAAGGACUGCGGGCUCUUCUGAGCCCCAGCCCUAGUGCCCCGUCCCACCCUGGCCCCCCCCACCUCCUCUGGGGCCCAGACCCCCUGCUGUCCCCCACUCCUCCCCAACCAUCCCCACUUGCCCCCAACCCCCAGGAUUUGACCCACUCAGACCCGGAGCCGCCCCUGGGUGGGGGCAUGGCCCCACUCCCCCCUCCCCAGCAGGCCUCCCGCCGACCAGCGCUGCAGGGCAUCCAGUGCCACUGUAUGCUGGGGAGCACUGGGUGACCCUGGGUGUUGGGGGGUCCUUAGGUUCCCCUUGGAGCUGGGGUGUCCUGGGGCUCCCUGGGUUCCUUUUGAAGCUGGGUGAUUCUGGAGGCGGGGGGACCUUGGGUGCCAAGGGUCCCUGGGUGCCCCUUGGAUCUGGGGGGCCCCUGGGUGCUGCAGGAUGCAGCCAGGGGCAUCCAUGGGUCCCCCCUGUGGACUGCUUGGUGUGUGGUACUGGGGCCGCUUGGGUGCCAGGAACCCGUGGAUGCCACCACCCCCCUACUGCAUGGCCAGGGGGUGGUCAUAGCCCCGACAGCAGCACCCCAGCUGCUGAGCCAGCACUCCUGGGGUCCACCCUCUCCCACCCCUGGGGAUCCCCCAGCCCUCCCACA